AUGAGGAUCCUUCUUUUUCCUGUCCUCACCUCAAUUUUCGUUCAAGUUCUCUCAUCCCCGAACCCAGUAAAGAGGUCCGUGACUGAUGUCUGCAAACAAAUUGCUAGUGCAAUUUCCUCUGCAUCGGACGUGUACUAUCCUCUCGAAUUAUUAUACGAUAAAGAUAUCAGUCACUGGGCUUCCUCUAGCUCUGCCGUCGCUGCAUGUAGCGUCGAACCAGGAUCAGCGGCGGACGUUGGAAUCAUUCUUCAAAUACUGGGCAACACAACCACUCCGUUUGGGGUCAAAGGCGGAGGACAUGCUUCCAACCCUAAUUUUUCGUCGACUACUGGCGUACAAAUUGCUAUGUAUCGUUUCUCAGAAGUGGUAUAUGACGCGGCAUCGAGCACUGCUACAAUUGGUGCAGGACUGAUCUGGGACGAUGUAUACGCUGCUCUCGCUCCUUACGACGUCAACGUAGUUGGUGGACGUGUCACCGGAGUUGGGGUUGCUGGUUUCACGCUUGGCGGAGGUUAUUCUUGGAAAACCAAUCAAUACGGACUAACAGUGGACACUGUGACUGCCUUUGAACUUGUGAAGCCUGACGGAACCGUGGCGAAUGUUACUCAGGACUCGGACUCAGACCUCUUCUUUGCAUUGAAAGGAGGAUUCAACAAUUUUGGAAUUGUCACACGAUUCACUCUUCAAACAUUCCCUCAAACACAGGUUUGGGGUGGCUUGAUCACGUUUACAGAGGACCAGAUACCUAAAGUCAUUAAUGCGACUUACACGUUUGCGUCCAAUGUGACUGACCCCAAGGCUGCAAUUAUCACGACGGCAAACUUCCUCCUCGGUCAGCCUGGAAUUUCGCAACUGCUAUUCUAUGAUGGCCCAACCCCACCUGACGGUAUCUUCGACGACUUCUUAGCGAUACCGUACUUCACCAAGGACGUAUCAACUAGAGACUUUGUCUCCCUUGUGCAAGCUUCUCCCUCCAAUGCUACCGCUGGAACUAGAGCUAUAUUUAACUCUGCACCUCUACUGGAAUUAACACCAACUGUGCUCGAUGCUAUCAUCAACGAAACGGUGUUCUGGGGAUCAAAACUGAGCUGGGAGAGUGGCUCCUUCAUUUCUUACGACAUCGAGCCCUUCAUGUCCACGAUCUUCACGCACAGUGAUUCUGCGUCGGUGUAUCCUCCCUCUCGCUCAACGGCGUACCUCCCCCUCAACUUAUAUUAUGCCUGGGGCCUGGAAAUCGCCGAUGACUCGUUCCAUAGUGCUAUUAAGCAGAGCGCUAAUCAGAUCACGGCAGUCGCACUCGCAGAGGGUCAAGUCGGUGUGGAUACUGCUCCUAUCUAUCCCAACUAUGCGAUAUACGAUACACCGUUGGAUAGGUUGUAUGGCGAUAACGUUGCAAAGAUGCAAAGCAUAAAAGCUAUUGUCGAUCCGGACAAUGUUAUGGGUCUUACAGGGGGGUUCAAGAUAUAA